AGACAGACAGAGACAGACAGCCAGAGGCAGACAGAGAAAGACAUAGUGGAGUUCUGCGUCGAGGAAGUGUGUCGGUCAGUCUUUUUGUCGGACAUCGGAGGGACGGAGGAGGAAAUAUGUCAGCGGGCAGGGAUCGUCGGCGGUUCACCAUCGAGGACGCGUUCGAGGAGGAGACGGACGACGCGAUCCGCGUGUACGGCUCGACGACGGAGCGGUCGCCGCUGAAGCCCAAGGUGCGGGCGAACGGCACCAUUCCCGAGGACAACAUCGUGGUGCGCAUCGACAACGCCGAGCCGCGGUCGCCCGUCCCGCUCAAGAGUCCGGACGACACUGCCUCCAGGGACAGCGACUCACUCAUCCAGGAAAACUUCUCGCCAGGAAUGUUUGACCCUUCCAAGUCGUGCUGGCAGCACCCCAAAAUCAGGGAGAAUUGGAAAAUGGUCCUCGCGGCCAUCGUGCUUCUGCUCAUAGGAAUUGGACUGCUGGUAACCGGCUUCCUGGCGGCGUUGCUUCCGAUUGAGGGCCUCCAGUCGGCCGUGUUCUUCAUUGCCGGCGCUAUCUGCUUUAUUCCCGGUGCGUACCACGUGGUCUACAUUUACCUGGCCGUCAAGGGGUGGCAGGGCUUCGAUUUUUACCACCUGCCGCUCUUCAACUAGCGUGUACAAAUAUACGUGUGUCGGUCGGGCUCAACUCUCUGACUGUGCCGAGUGCGUUCGUUGCCGAUGAUUACUACACGAGUAGCCAAGUCUAAUCGCUUUCAGUGUAAAAGUGCACUUGUUGACAACGCCGCGCGCGCGCGUCUAGUAAUUUAUUCAGCGCUCGUGUAAUCAAUGUAUCUCUCGAUUAGCAGCAGCUUUUUGCAAUGUUGUGGCAUUUUUUAUGAUGAUAAUUUUUUGGCCUUUUUGCUUGGAUGCCGGAAACAAAAAAAAGGACACUUGAGACGGAGUGUUAACUAAGUCAUUCACGUUUGUGUCUGUUUUCUUCUUUAGCCUCUUAAACAUUUUCCGUCGUCUCAGGCCGACUGCUUCAAUAAUCCAAAUUGGAUUUCAAUUGAACAACUCACUAUGUAGCUCUUUACAGAAAUUGUGUAGGGUUUAAAAUUUAGAGUUUACCACGAAAAGAAUGUGAUGGCCGGGCAGCAGCAGCGUUGAAUAACAGUUCUUAAGUGCUGGCAGCUCUUUUAUUUUUAUAUUCAGUUUGAGACUUUAGUUUUUUUUCCUAAAUUUUGAGUGCUAUUUCCAUAUGUGUAUUUAUUUUUAGAAAGGCCAGCAAGUACAAGGCUGUGAAAAAUGUAAAUAAGUACGUGGGAUUGCUGAAGCUUUUGAUGUCGAUUAACCACCCCCUGCAUUGUAUAGUUUUUAUUAAUUCUUGCUUCUUGUCGAUUUUGGCGUUCCAACAUUACUAUAACCACAGGGGAGUUUUUGUAUCCAAAGUUAGAUAAGUAAAAUGAGAGACUUCCUCACUAAAGUCGUCCCCUAGAUAGAUAACUUUUUGUAUUUUUCUCCGCUGCGCACCAAGAAGCAAGCAUUAACACACUCUAAUGACUAUAAUUUCUUCACUGUUUUUGUGUAUUAUUUGAGAAAUAAUGCAGCUAUACGCUCAUUUGACAAAGUGUAACGUGUACAUAACAACAACUAUUUAUGACAGACGAUGCUGGAAAUGUACUUCAAUCUUGCAGGAUAAUAAAUUGAAAUUUUAUAAGUGAAUUGAAAUCAAAAAAGCUUAAAAA